GUAAAAAAUGCCAGUAAACCGAGAGAAGAAGAAGAACUACAGGACCUCCGACCAAACUGUCACCAAGGAGACCACCGAGCUGUCACUACUACUCAGUGCUGUUAGUCAGAGAACAAAGAAAUGUCGUUUAUAUUUGACUGGAUCUACAAGGGGUUUAGCAAUGUUUUACAGUUCUUAGGCCUGUACAAAAAGAGUGGGAAGCUGGUGUUCUUGGGCCUGGACAAUGCUGGCAAAACAACACUGCUGCACAUGUUAAGAGAUGACCGACUUGGCCAACAUGUACCCACACUGCAUCCAACUUCUGAGGAGCUGACAAUCGGUGGCAUGACAUUUACCACUUUUGACCUGGGAGGACACGUACAAGCACGAAGAGUUUGGAAGAACUACCUGCCCGCUGUGAAUGCCGUCGUCUUCCUUGUAGACUGUGCAGAUCAUGAAAGACUUGCAGAAUCCAAGACUGAGCUGGAUGCUCUCCUGGCAGAUGAAACCAUAGGCAACGUACCAGUGUUGGUGCUGGGAAAUAAAAUUGACCGCCCAGAGGCCGUCAGUGAGGGAACUCUUCGAGGAGCCUUUGCACUCGAUGGCCAAGUUACAGGAAAGGGUAAUGUAUCUUUGAAGGAGCUGAACAUUCGGCCGCUGGAGAUCUUCAUGUGCAGUGUUUUAAAAAGACAGGGCUAUGGGGAAGGUUUCAGAUGGUUAUCGCAGUACAUUGACUGACCUGCUUGUCUGGGGGCGUAACCAGGAGGGAUUUUCUUGACCCAUUUUUUCACGACACAUGGCAAAGAAAUAAGUCUCUUUGGUCGCGAAUGUUUCUUUGCCAGAAUCAGUCAGCCCAAAAUUUUAAUUGUGUUUUUUUUUUUUUUCUUUUCUUAUUUCAUUCUUAAAGCAUUUAUUCAGGGUUUAAGGUUUCAAUGCAGACUUUUAAAAGUGGUUCAUGGUGAACUGUUCCGUUAAUGUGAGUGGUCCAACUGCAUGGCAUGAUGAUUGGAUGACAUCAAACCUGAUUACAGAACAUGUGCAGCUUCACAUUGGGCUAAGUAUCGUAGACGUCGUUGUUGCUUUAUUAGUUAUAUCACAGACCUGCUAGUUUAUGUUUUCAGGUAAGGUGUAAGGCCAAUUAGAUUAAUGACUAAUUAAAGUUACAGUGUGACAAUUGUAGCAACAAUUAUUGGUAUAAGUGGCAUGUCUUUCACAUCACCCGCCCCCUCCAAGUGUGUUCCCGUCAGCUAGCAUCAAAACAUGAGGUCCAAAAUGGCGGCCUUCAUAGCGCUUACCCAGCUCCUGAUAUAAAUAUAAAAGUCUCAUCAUGACGUACAGUACAGUUGUAUUGUAGUAGUUAUUUUCACCUAAAUUUUACACACUGGACUGUUAUUUUCGUUGAAGUUAAUGUUAAAAUAAAAGACAUUGUGUUGCCAAAGAUCUUUGACAAUGAGUGGAGGCUGGGUAGAUGCAAAAUAACACAUAUCCUAUUUAAAACAACAACAAAAAAAAAAAAAACCAGCAUGUCCCUCAAAUAAAGGCAGAGAUGAUGACGUAAACAGUCUGAUCAGCUCACUGACGAGUGUCUUGUGAUUAAUACACUAUUCACUUUCAGUGUCCUGGAGUUUCUUGUUAUUCUUGGCUCUGACACUUACUUUUUUCCCCAUGUUUUGAACAAAGUGGAGGCAGCCAAGUUGUCUACGUGGACAAAUAAAGUCUUUCUAGUUGACUUUGGGAGGUUCGUACGGCGUUUCUAUGACUUUCAGAGACUGCCCUUGCUUUGUAACAGCGUGGCAGCGCUGUAAUAGGAAUGUGGUGCUCUUGAAGAGGGAUGAGUGACGGCUGAAGGACAGAUAUAUAAUAUACAUAUAGACCUGAAUUGAAAAUCCAGAGCUUGACCUACUGUAUGUCUGCAUAGCACUCUACACUUUUACUUGAACUCAGAAUGUACAUUCAAUUCCUAUGUGAUAAACUUUGUUUUUAUUUUCUAUUUAAUCCUCGAUCAUGGAGCCUGAAUGAUGUGUAAAAUGUGAUGUAAUCAGCGUGAAAGCUGUGCAACAUUAACGCGGUGGAAAUGCUGAAGAUAAGUACUUUUUCCAUGAUCUGAGAAGAUGUGAGAGUGCGCCUGCAAACAUUAAUAUGCUUACCUGUAAAUUAUUAUUCUAACCUAACUCGGGACGUUGACACAUUUUUGUUCUUCGGUGUAUCUUCUGUAAAUGUAAAUGUGCCUAGAUGUCUACAAUGAUUUGUACAAAUUUAUAUCCUCAUUUUAAAUAGUUGGGAAUAGAUGAGGGGGCACACGCAGCAUAUGUUCAUCUGUGUCCUGUGUGCUGUUUUCUUUACUCCAGGUUUACUCCUCCUUUGAACAGUAUUCUGUAUCAGUCGCUGUAAAUUGUGUACAAUACAGAUGUAAAUGUUUGUACAGUAAAUGCCCUUUGGCUGACACCAGAAAGUUUGUAACAGAAUCAACUCGAGUAGGAGCAGUUUGUGUCGAGAUUUGUUUUCACUCUGACAUAGCAUAAAAAUCUAAAUGACA